CAAACCAUAGUUAUCAACUUUAUUCUCAUUUUCAUAUUUCAUAUUUAUGUAUUAACCUACCACUAUCCUAGUAGGACAAUAACUACCCGUGAAAACGGAAACCAUCGUUGAAGCUUAAUUAACCCCGUUAAACGACGCGCGCAACCAUUAUCAUUCUUGAAACGGUACUUCACUUACCUCACUUAUCAUAUUCGCCCCCGUAGCGUUCUAACGCUCUCUUAACUUCGGCUUCGGCUUCAACAUAACUAUUGCUAUUACUACUAGAUACUAAAGCUAUAGCAACACAUCGAACUCAGCAACCAACACCGAAGAGCCUUUGUGCUCCUAUGAUUGAUUGGCUUCGAGUCCCAAUCCUGCGCCUUUCUGUCAUACGUAAGUCCUACUACUACGGUAAUAAUAAUAUCAAUUUCCGUGUCCUAUUCACCUUCUUUGUCGAUCUAUACUCGUCUUAUCUGAUAAAAUUUGGUUGACAUGUAUAAAAAGUUCGAUGUCAUAAAUACAAUUUUUCACGAUGAAGACCACAAGUUUUGCGCCCCCGACGGCGUUAUGUUCUGCGCUGCUAGCUCUACCGCAGCUAGCUGCCGCCUUCUACCUCCCCGGAGUCGCGCCCACGUCAUAUAAAGAAGGCGACCGUGUCCCCCUUUACGUCAACAGCAUCAAACCCGUCGCUGCUCAAGAUGCUCUCCUUCACUCCGUCAUGUCUUACGAUUACUAUACCCCACACUUUCGCUUCUGCCAGCCCGAAGGCGGUCCCUCUUACGUGUCCGAAAGUCUUGGGAGCAUCCUGUUUGGCGACCGGAUCAUGACCUCGCCGUUUGAGCUUAACAUGAACAAGAACGAAACAUGCAAGAAACUUUGCAGCUCUUCUUACGACCAGCCGGCCGCACGUUUUGUCAACAAACGCAUCACACAGGGCUACGCGUUAAAUUGGUUGGUGGACGGAUUACCUGCUGGCCAGAACCUCCUAGAUGACCUCACCGGAACAACUUUUUACAGCCCAGGCUUCGCUAUGGGUAGCCACUCUAGUGCGGAUCCUGGAUACGAAAGCCCAACUUUCUUCAAUAACCACUACGACAUCCUUAUCGAAUAUCACAAAGUGAGUGGAAAGACGGACCAAUUAAGGGUUGUAGGCGUCAUCGUCCAACCCAGUUCCAAAGCAUACAAAGACGAUAAUCUUGACUGCUACGACAACCAAACACCACCUGUUUUCCUCGCGGAGGAUGAGAAUGCCGAAACCGAGGUCACCUUUACCUACAGUGUCUUCUGGACUGAGUCGCCAACUGCCUGGGCUACCCGAUGGGAUAAAUACUUACAUGUCUUCGACCCCAAGAUCCAUUGGUUCUCCCUUGUUAAUUCCGCAGUUGUUGUCAUCUUUCUGACUGUCACUGUGACGUCUGUUUUGUUCCGGGCUUUGAAAAAGGAUAUUGCUAGAUACAACCGACUCGACCAGAUCAACUUGGACGAUCUUUCAGGCACGUCAGCUCUAGAAGAUGGCGUACAGGAAGACUCUGGCUGGAAGUUGGUGCACGGAGACGUGUUUCGAACUCCGUCUCGCCCUCUACUCCUUUCCGUUUUCCUCGGGAAUGGCGCUCAACUGUUCGUCAUGACAGGGUUCACCAUCUGCUUCGCGCUGUUAGGUUUCUUGUCGCCGUCAAACCGCGGCUCUUUGGGGAGUAUUAUGAUUAUCCUCUAUACCCUUCUUAGCUUUGUCGGUGGCUAUGUCUCUGCCAGAGUCUACAAGUCGCUGAAUGGCGAGCAAUGGAAGUUAAAUAUUGGAUUGACUCCUCUCCUGGUUCCUGGCAUCGUCUUCACCACCUUCUUCUUCCUGAACCUUUUCCUUUGGGCUAAUGGAGCUGCCGGGGCCGUUCCAUUUACUACCAUGUUGGUCAUUAUUGGUAUAUGGUUUAUCAUUUCAAUCCCCCUAUCCAUCGCUGGCUCCUGGCUUGGAUUCCGUGCUGCAGCUAUCGAGCCCCCUGUCCGAACAAACCAGAUCCCGCGGCAAAUACCUCCUGCUACAACUUACCUGAAGCCAAUUCCCAGCAUGCUACUUGUUGGUAUUCUGCCCUUCGGUGCUAUAUUCGUCGAACUUUACUUCAUUAUGAGCUCGAUCUGGUUCAGCAAGAUUUACUACAUGUUCGGCUUCCUUUUCCUCUGCUAUGGCCUCAUGAUCAUUACCUGCGCUGCAGUCACGGUUCUUAUGGUGUACUUCCUGCUAUGCGCCGAAAAUUACCAUUGGCAAUGGCGGUCCUUCCUCGCCGCGGGCAUGAGCGCGGGCUAUAUCUUUGUCAAUGCCCUAAUAUACCUGAUCAGCAAGCUUUCUCUGGGCGGCUUAUCCGGUACUGUUUUGUAUAUCGGAUACAGCGCUCUGCUGUCAUUCCUUUUCUUCAUCCUGACAGGGUCCAUUGGAUUCUUCUCAAGUUGGUGGUUCGUGCAGAAGAUUUACAAAUCCAUCAAAAUCGACUGAACAAUACAAGUGUCGAGAAGGGAAAAAAGGGGCCAGGAGGUAUUCCUAGAGGCGGCAACACACCCCCUCCCGCUUUUUGUACUAUAAAUACAAACGAGCCACCACCUUCGCGGUAUCGUUUAUUACUCCAUCGACGGGAGUGGGAAUGAAAGAGGAGACGAGAAGUUAUAUCUUGAUGAGUUAGUUGCAUAGAGUGUGGCGGUUCUGCAAAGUAACCAUAAAAAACGGGGCCGACGUUUUUUCUCUUGGAAGGCGUUUAAAUGAUGUCUCCUUUUUCCCCUUCCAUCUUCCAGGGUGACGGUGCUUUGCCCUUAUGCUUGAGAUGGCUCAUGUAGAAAUACUAAAAAUGAACGGAAUGGUUCCUACAUAAAAAGUAUCUACCUAUCUAUACUAAUGCUAUUACGUUAGACGCCUACCUACCUGGGCAAUUGCUUGAUUACUACAAAUUUAGGU